AGAGUUCACACGCGUGAAGUGGGUCCACAUCUCCAUUCCUCCGCUCCACCACCCUGUACAGCAACAGAGGUCCAGUCCAGCACUAUGCAAAAAGGAAAAGUAGAAACCUUCUUUGUAUAUUUUCCAUAGAUUCAUCAGAUCCCACCAACUUAACCAAAACUACUCCUACUACUUACACUCUUCUUUUCCUUCUUCAUCAUUCUCUACCUCCCUUCCUUCUUCUAAAGAUUAAACAUUCCCAUUUCACUCCAAGGCUCCUUGGAACCGUUCCUUUUUUAUUCAUAACAAACACUCUUUCAAGUUCCUUCCACUUGUGAACAAACAUUCAAUAUUUGAAAUUGUUCCUUCCACUUGUAUACAAAACAUUCUUAUUACUUGGAACUCUUUUGAGUCUUUGAACCGAGAAGAUGCAGAGGCCACCGCCAGAAGAUUUUCUGUUGAAAGAGACAAAACCCCACCUUGGAGGUGGUAAGGUCUCUGGUGACAAGCUUACGAGUACAUAUGACCUUGUUGAGCAAAUGCAGUAUCUUUAUGUGAGGGUUGUGAAAGCUAAGGAACUUCCUUCGAAGGAUGUUACCGGAAGUUGUGACCCUUACGUUGAAGUCAAGCUUGGAAACUACAAAGGUACCACUAGGCAUUUUGAGAAGAAAACUAAUCCGGAAUGGAGUCAGGUUUUUGCUUUCUCGAAAGACAGGAUUCAGGCUUCGGUGCUUGAGGUUACUGUGAAAGAUAAGGAUGUUGUGAAGGACGAUUUUAUUGGUCGUGUUUGGUUUGACCUCAACGAGGUUCCGAAGAGGGUUCCUCCAGAUAGUCCUCUUGCACCGCAGUGGUAUAGAUUGGAGGACAGAAAGGGUGAUAAGGCGAAAGGGGAGCUUAUGCUGGCUGUUUGGAUGGGUACGCAAGCUGAUGAAGCGUUCCCUGAGGCGUGGCACUCGGAUGCGGCGACGGUUAGUGGGACUGAUGCUCUUGCUAACAUUAGGUCGAAGGUGUAUUUGUCUCCUAAGCUUUGGUAUUUGAGGGUUAAUGUUAUAGAGGCACAGGACUUGCAGCCAUCGGAUAAGGGAAGGUUCCCGGAGGUUUAUGUGAAGGCUAUUUUGGGAAUUCAGACCUUGAGGACUAGAAUCUCUCAGAGCAGGAGUAUCAAUCCAAUGUGGAACGAGGAUUUGAUGUUUGUUGCUGCGGAACCGUUUGAGGAGCCGCUCAUUUUGAGUGUGGAAGAUAGGGUUGCUCCUAACAAAGAGGAACUACUGGGGAAGUGUGUUAUUCCUUUACAGAUAAUGGAUAGGAGACUAGAUCACAAGCCUGUGAACACUCGGUGGUUCAAUAUUGAAAAGCAUGUUGUUAUUAUGGAAGGUGAUAAGAAGAAGGAAAUAAAGUUUGCUAGCCGGAUUCAUAUGAGGGUCUGUUUGGAAGGUGGUUAUCAUGUUUUGGAUGAAUCGACUCACCACAGCAGUGAUCUUCGCCCAACAGCAAAACAGCUCUGGAAGUCCAGUAUUGGAGUUCUUGAAGUGGGGAUAUUGAGUGCUCAGGGUUUGAUGCCCAUGAAAACAAGUAACGGGAGGGGGACAACGGAUGCGUAUUGUGUAGCUAAGUACGGGCAGAAGUGGGUGCGGACGAGAACCAUCAUCGAUAGCUUUGCGCCGAGGUGGAAUGAGCAGUAUACUUGGGAGGUUUUUGAUCCAUGCACCGUCAUUACAAUAGGUGUAUUUGAUAAUUGUCAUUUGCACGGUGGCGGUGAUAAGCCUGGAGGACAAAAAGAUUCGAAAAUUGGAAAGGUAAGAAUCCGUCUUUCAACACUUGAGACAGAUCGAGUCUAUACACAUUCGUAUCCACUUCUAGUUCUUCAUCCAACUGGGGUGAAGAAAAUGGGAGAAAUUCAAUUGGCUGUAAGGUUUACUUGCUCUUCUUUGCUAAACAUGAUGCACAUGUAUUCAAAUCCAUUGUUGCCUAAGAUGCAUUACAUUCACCCGUUAACUGUCAGCCAGCUUGACAAUCUGAGGCAUCAAGCCACUCAGAUUGUUUCAAUGAGGCUGAGUCGCGCUGAGCCGCCGCUGAGAAAGGAGGUUGUUGAAUAUAUGCUGGAUGUUGGUUCCCACAUGUGGAGUAUGAGAAGAAGCAAAGCCAACUUUUUCAGAAUCAUGGGAGUUUUGAGUGGAAUAGUUGCGGUUGGAAAAUGGUUUGACCAGAUUUGCCAUUGGAAAAACCCUAUCACAACAAUUCUGAUUCAUAUCUUGUUUGUAAUACUUGUUAUGUAUCCUGAGCUUAUCUUACCAACUAUUUUCCUUUACCUCUUUUUGAUUGGAAUUUGGUACUAUAGAUGGAGGCCAAGGCACCCUCCUCACAUGGACACACGACUCUCCCACGCGGAUUCCGCUCACCCUGAUGAACUAGACGAAGAAUUCGACACAUUUCCAACUACAAGACCUUCUGAUAUUGUGAGGAUGCGAUACGAUCGGCUUAGAAGUAUUGCUGGGAGGAUACAAACUGUGGUGGGUGAUUUGGCAACUCAAGGUGAAAGGCUGCAGUCUUUGCUGAGCUGGAGAGAUCCAAGAGCUACUGCCUUGUUUGUGCUUUUCUGUUUGAUUGCUGCUAUUGUACUUUAUGUAACUCCAUUCCAAGUUGUGGCGCUUCUCACCGGAAUUUAUGUGUUGCGACAUCCGAGGUUUCGUCACAAGCUUCCUUCAGUGCCGCUAAAUUUCUUCCGGAGGUUGCCUGCAAGAACUGAUUGCAUGCUUUGAGAAUCGAACUCUUUUGCAUUUUGAUGGAAGGCUUGAGUGGAAUGUGCAGAAAAGAAAAACAAAUGGAGCUUGGUUUGUUAUUUUUAUAUCAUUGUUCACCACCAUAUUUUGUGGAUUUGUAGUUUCACUUAUUAUUAUGUCAUAGUAGAAUUUUCUGUUUUGAACUUAUGGUAGUCCAUUGUUAAAAUUUGUAAUUUUGUAGGGUGAGUUGAAAUUAAUUUGUCUUUAAUCAACUUCAUGUUUAAUUAGAUGCUGCAAAUUUUCUCAAUUGGAAAUCUGAGUCAAAGGUAAUUUUCUUUUA